ACUCAUAUUGAAGACUCCUUGAUUGAACAAUUUAUGGAUGUAAUCAGUUAGAUUAAAUAAAAGUGAUCAAAUUUAAAAAGCUUCCUCAGAAUUUACUAUACUUCAUGUUAAUCUUGGAUCAGACAAAUAGAUUAUAUCGUGUUUUAUUUAUGGCAAAAUACACUUGUAUAGCCAUAACUUUCACGUUUGUGACAAAUAUAGUCAUAACUAUCCGAAAACUUCCUUGCCAUUCCGGCCGCUUGAGAGGCGCUGACGAUUGUCAGAUCCAGUGGACUUGUGCUUGGCGUAGAUUAGCUGCUGGAAAUUGAAGGAAGUCAUGGCGACCAGGUCCAGGACCUUCUUCGUGAUGGAGUAUGUGAAGAGCGGGGAGCUCUUCGCUAAAGUAGCGAAGGGGAAAUUGAAGGAGGAGACGGCGAGGAAGUAUUUCCAGCAGCUGAUCUCUGUCGUCAAUUUUUGCCACAACAGAGUGGUUUCGCGUCGGGGGUCGAUGUUCACCUCGAAGUGCUCGACGACGGCGAUUAUGGAGCGGAUGGAAGGGUUCGGGAAGGGGAUUAAUUUUAGGGUUGGGAAGGUGAAGGAUUUCAAGAUGAGCUUGACGGGGGAACAGAAGGGAAGAAACGGAGGCUGACAGUGACGGCGGAGGUUUUCCCGGUCGCGCCAUAGGUGGCAAUCGUUCAGUUCUCGAAGUCGGCCGGCGACACUUUGGAGUAUGCGAAGUUCUGCGAAGAAGAUGACAGGCCGGUGCUAAAGGACAUUGUGUGGGCCUGGCAAGGAGACAAAAUCUGAAACCCUCUGGCCUUCGCCGCUGCCGUCCUCAUCAUCGCCGACGUCAAACACCUUCGUCACCGUCGUCCUCAAUCGCCCGCGUUCUUUUCUACCUUUCUUCUCGUCAUUUUCUGAAAGGGAGAAAGGAGAGAGGGAGAGAGCGGAUCGGCACUAGUUGGGGAAGAAUAGGGAUCGAUCAUCAUUUUUGUUGGUUUUCGGGAAACAAUUAGAGAAAAACGAGGGAGAUAAGGGUUGCGCUGCUAGGGUUUUUAAGGGUUUCUUUUAUAUUUUACUAAAUAAUUUUUUGCAUUUUUUGGUUUUUUUAUGUUAAUCCACGUGUCCGACGAGAAAUUGCUAGCUCAGCUUUUCCAUCUGUACAAAUCAGAUUGUUAAGUAACACCAUUAAAGCGAUGGACGGAAAUGGCUAUUUUGUGUUUUCGGAUAGUUAUGGCUAUAUUUGUCACAAACGUGAAAGUUAUGGCUAUGAAGGUGUAUUUUAUUUAUCAUCACUAACUCACCCAUAAUUUAUUGAUGACCUCUCUCUCGUCGUCAUCAAUCACUUCCUUUUUUUUGUGAUCACUUCCCAAUAAAUGAAGCAUAUCGAUGAUAUCAUCAUAUUGAAAAAAGAAAUCCCCCAACAUCCCCAUUUACUGUAGACCAAGAGACCUUUUACUGUGCUUAGUGACUCAUAAUUACUGUUUUGACUGGGAAGGGGCUCGGGUGUGGGCAUGCACAUGGUGUAUCUCUUUGGUUCCUAAUGGGAUCUUUGUAGUUCAGUUGCUUUAGAGCUCUGGUGUUCCUUCUGGUUGGCCGUCCUCUCCGUCCACCUUACACGCAUUGGUCACUCGGCAAACCAGAGAGAAAGCUACUGCUACUUUAGGGUUCACUUUUUGCUUGACAUGACCAGAGCUGCAGAAAGAGUGUGAGAUCUGAGUUUGACGUGAAUAGAGAGGGUGAAAGAGUGAGCUGUAGUAUGUGCCUUGAGAGACUCGCUGUCGCGGUGUUCAAUGCACACAUAGAGGCAAAAAAAAGUCUACUGUUUACUUUUUCUCUGUUCUUUCUUUCUCAGCCACAUGUAUUUCCUUUAUUAAAAAAAGAAAGCAACUCUCUCUUUAUAUCCAGUUUAGAAUGGAAAGCAUCCAUUCUCCUCUGUUUAAAUUCUCUCUUCCCAUCUCGUUCAUGGAACUGUUACUUCACUGAUCGAGCCAAGCUUUGUUGUUCUUAAAUUCACUGCCCGAGCAUCGUCAUCUUGGUCGCAGGUGCUGGACCACCAGCUGGUGGAUGAGAUAGCUGCGAGAAUCCCUCUCUCCCAUGAAUGCGGAGCUUUGGAUCGUAGAAUCUCUUUUUUUCCUCUAUUUGAGGCCGGGACAACGAUUUCGUUCCUUUCUGUGUUGUUUUCGAGCCAGUGGUGGUCUUGUGGCCUUUUAGUAUGUUGCGAACACCUUCUCUGUUUUUGUGGGCUUUAGGUUUGUUUUGCGUCUACCUGGAGUUGACAUAUCUAUUAUUUGCCAUUUCCUGGAAUCAAUAUGUAUUCGACGCCAAGAGAAAAGAUCUGGGAUUUCAGAUAAAAAAGCGGGAACUUCGAACAACUUUUGUAUGAGUACUCUACAAUAGACUGCGAAAGGAUUC